AAGUUUGCCUAAACCUGAUCUCCAUGCCGUCGGCUGUUGGUGGUGCCACCGUGGUUCAAGAGACGGGGGCUGGGCAGGUUCCCCGCCAGCAUAUGAGCACAACAACUGAACCAGGCGGAGGUCCAGCAGGGAUCUACUCUGCUAUCCUCAGCCGCAACCAGCCCAUCAUUGGAGUAAAGGAAAAGACCUUUCAUGAGCUCCACAAGAAAUGCCUUGAGAAGAAGAUUCUUUAUGAGGAUCCAGAUUUCCCUGCUAAUGACUCCUCCCUCUUCUUCAGCCAAAAGCUCCCUGUCAAAUUUGAGUGGAAGAGACCACUAGAAAUUUGUGAGAAUCCACGCUUUAUCAUUGGUGGAGCCAACAGGAGUGACAUUUGUCAAGGAGAAUUAGGUGACUGUUGGUUCCUGGCUGCCAUUGCUUGUCUCACCUUGCACGAGAAAUUGCUGUUCCGGGUCAUACCACGGGAGCAGACCUUCAUAAAAGAUUAUGCUGGAAUCUUUCACUUCCAGUUUUGGCGUUAUGGAAAUUGGGUGGAAGUUAUCAUUGAUGACCGUUUACCAACGUACGGCAGUCAACUGGUCUUCACAAAAUCCUCCCAGCAAAAUGAAUUUUGGAGUGCCUUACUGGAAAAAGCUUAUGCAAAGCUCCAUGGCUCUUAUGAGGCUCUCAAAGGAGGUAACACCACCGAGGCCAUGGAAGAUUUCACAGGAGGAGUAACAGAGUUCUAUGAGAUAAAGGAUGUUCCUAAAGAUAUCUAUAAAAUCAUGAAACAUGCCUUUGAAAGAGGGUCACUCAUGGCCUGCUCUAUUGAGGACAGUUCAGGGUUUAUUUAUGGCUCUGCUCCUGAAACUAAUCUUGGAUUAUUAAUUGCCCAAAUGUUGAAGAAUAUGAAUGAAUUUCCAAAUGACUCAGUCCAGCAGACAGAGGAGAUGACGAAAAGGCUUGAGGUUCCAAUGCUGUUUGAGAGACGCAUGACGAAUGGACUGGUGACAGGUCAUGCCUAUUCAGUUACAGCAGUGGAAGAGAUAACAUUUAAAGGGGACAAGCUAAAACUCGUGCGGCUGAGAAAUCCUUGGGGGCAAGUAGAAUGGAAUGGAGCCUGGAGUGACAAUUCAGAUGAAUGGAAUGUUAUCAACAAAGCAGAGAAGACCCGCCUACAACAUAAAGUUGCAGAGGAUGGGGAGUUCUGGAUGUCAUUCCAAGAUUUCCUCAGGUACUUCACAAAGCUGGAGAUGUGUAAUCUCACACCUGAUACCCUGGUGGUUGAUAAGUUUCAAACCUGGACUGUUUCAGUGACCGAAGGGCGGUGGGUGCGAGGCUGCACAGCAGGAGGCUGUCGAAACUAUCCAGACACAUUUUGGACCAAUCCUCAAUACCGCUUGAAACUCCUGGAAGAAGAUGAUGACCCAGAAGACGACGAAGUUGCGUGCAGUUUCCUAGUUGCGCUGAUGCAGAAGAACAGGAGGAAAGAACGCAAGCUGGGAGCCAAGCUCCUCACUAUUGGCUUUGCCAUCUAUGAGGUGCCAAAAGAGAUGCAGGGUGACAAGAAGCAUUUACAGAAGGAUUUUUUCCUCUACAAUGCCUCCAAAGUAAAGUGCAAGAGCUACAUAAACAUGAGAGAGGUCUCCGAACGCUUCCGGUUGCCUCCAAAUGAAUAUGUCAUCAUCCCAUCCACGUAUGAACCUCACCAGGAGGGAGAUUUUAUCCUAAGAGUUUUCUCAGAAAAACAAAGUCAUUCGGAGGAAGUUGAAAACGAGAUUGAAGUAGGACAUCUUUCUCCAAUCAUAUUUGUCUCAGACAGAGCAAACAAGAACAAGGAUCCGAAAGGUGAUGAUGGGCCUAAAAAGGACAAGGGGAAAGCAAGCACAGAUAAGAAAAAGAAAAGUGAUGAGCCUGCACAAAGAGAUUCCAAGGAGAGUGAGGAAGAGAAACAGUUCAGAAAUAUUUUCCGGCAGAUUGCUGGAGAUGACAUGGAGAUCAGUGCUGAUGAACUCCAGAAUGUCCUCAACAAUGUUCUGAAGAAACACCAGGACCUGAAGACAAAAGGGUUUGCGCUGGAGUCCUGCCGCAGCAUGAUUGCUUUAAUGGACACAGAUGGUUCUGGGAAGAUAAACCUUGAUGAGUUUCGACACCUUUGGAAUAAGAUUAAGAGCUGGCAGACCAUUUUCAGACAUUAUGAUACUGAUCAAUCAGGAACUAUUAACAGCUAUGAGAUGCGUAAUGCAGUUAAAGAUGCAGGGUUUCACCUGAAUAACCAGUUGUAUGACAUCAUUACAAUGCGAUAUGCUGACAGAAAUAUGAACAUUCAGUUUGACAGCUUCAUCUGUUGUUUUGUGCGACUAGAGGGGAUGUUCCGUGCAUUUCAUGCCUUUGAUAAAGAUGGCGAUGGUAUUAUUAAACUGAAUGUCUUAGAGUGGCUGCAGCUAACCAUGUAUGCCUGAAAAACAUCACUUCUGCGUCUGUCUUCCGUCUCAAAAUUGCACCUUGUCUUUUGAACUGAAAGAAGCUGGUCGAUAUUCACUUGCAAGACAGGGACUUCUGUGAAUCUCCAUCCUUUAACAGCUUAGAUGGUGAGGGCAGCACAACUCGAGAGGAACAUAAGGAAGCAGCAUCUAUCUCCCUUUACCAAGUGACAGUAAAUUGAAAAUGUACUUUUCCAGUUAUUGAUAACUGACACCAGGACGAAGGCAUAUUUUGCAUCAGAAAGUUGCAGCCAUCACUGUGGUGGGAAAUGCAUUGUUCUAGGGCACGCCGGCAAUUCUUAACAACAGGGGUGGUGAACCUCAGGCCUGCAAACCUGAAUCUGGGCCUCUUUAUCCAACCCUUGGGGCUCCUCACCUCCACAACAUGCCUCAGCAGCCCUGCUCCAUGCUCUGUGCUUAAGUGCUUUUGCCUGGCUGGAAUAUGCCUGUGAAAUGUGAUAAUGCCAAUUGCUUGCCCAGAUGCAGCAUGGAGAAAUGCGUCUUGAGGAUGUGCGUUGAAAUCUCUGACUCGCGUUCUUGAAAUGUAGAUGCUGUAUACAAAGGUAAGAGCUGCCCUGUUACUCUGCCCACCACUGACAUGUUGACCCAGAAGGUGUUUUUUGAAAAGGUGGGUCCUCCCUCCUGGCAUUGCAAACACACUGCAAACAACAACUACUGUUUUAAGCUUGAAAUAUUUUGCAGUAAGAGAUCCAAAGGGGCCAGGAAUCUUGGACAAGUUAUCAUUAUUAAAACAGUUAUUUCUAAAGUCACCUAAAAGCGAUGGAUCUAGCUUUUAAUGGAAUUCAAUGUUGCACUAAGGCAAUUGUUCCGUUAGAGAAGCAUUUUGGUUUGCUACCUAUGACAAUUCUUUCCUUUUCUCCCUUCCCACACUCAAGCCAAUCUCAGAGGAAGGGCAGUAGAAAGAAAAUGUCUGUUGGGCAAGCAGAGGUCCUUGUGCAGGACCUCUGGUGACAGGACUCAUCAGUUGAAUCCCACCCAAUGUACUUAAAAAGAACAUGCCUCUUAAUAUUUAGCUGUGUGAUAAAUGUUUGCAUCCUGCAGUCAUAUCUAAGCUACAUUAUUCCUGUGGCCAAAGCUUCCCACUCCAAAAGCAUCAUUCAGUAACCAGAUGUAUGACUGCAUACAGUUGAGUACAUUUGCUUACAGCACUAACCAGGCUGUUAUCUAAGGUGUGGAACCUCAGCCUGGGGGCUAAAUGUGGCCUUCUAGAUCUCUGUAUAUGGCCCUUGGAAUUUCCCCCUGGUCACAGCCCUCUCUUGCCCUGCUUCACACUCUGUUUUUGCCUGCCUAGAAUAUGUCCUUGAACACUGAUGCCUCAUGCUGGUGGCUGGAGGACAAAGACAGGUGCAUGAACAUGUGUAGAAACUAACUAUACAAAGGUAACAUUUACAUGUUUCUCUGCGCAUGUUUGCCUCUGGCUCCACCCUCCACAAGCCCGUGACUCUCUGGCUGAAAAAGCUUCCCCAUUCCUCCUACAGGGAUCCUGGCUGAGCCUGUAGUCUUGCAAAUCUUCUAAGGCUGCAGAAAAAUGUGCUCCUCUAGCCACAUUAUGGCUUUUUUCAGGUCCAGGCUUAAAUAUUACACCUUGGGAGAAUUGACUGUCUUAAUUCAAUGUUGGUUCUCUUGCAAGUAAAACCUACCACAGACAGCUGCAUCUCCAAUAUAAGCAAUUUUAGGCUGCUUCACACAAAGCUUUUUCCUACACAGGAACAGUUUAUGUGGCAAGAAAUGGUUUAAAGGUAUCUGGUACUGCAUGUGUUUGGCAGGCACAGCCUCCCUAUUACAAAAAUACCUUGUGUAGAGUGGUUUCAUUGCUGAAUGAAACUUCUUAAUGCAUAAAUUAAAACUUGUCUAGAUGUGCUGGGUUGAAAUUAUGAUGAUGUAAUACAAGGGUAGGCAACCUAAGGCCCAGGGGCCAGAUGCAGCCCAAUCGCCUUCUAAAUCGCGUGGUUUUACAUGAGUAGAAUGUGUCCUUUUAUUUA